AUGAUAAUUUCACAGCGUCCCAUCUUACAACAAUCGGCAUCGAUUUUAAACUUAAAACAAUUGAUAUUGAAGGCAAAACCAUCAAGCUUCAAAUCUGGGACACUGCAGGGCAAGAACGAUUUAGGACCAUCACUCAGACUUAUUAUAAAGGCGCCAUGGGGAUCAUCCUCGCUUAUGAUUGUACAGAUGAGAAGUCAUUUAACAAUAUACGUAACUGGGUGCAACAAAUCAAAAUGCACGCCAAUGAAAACGUGGCCAAGGUACUGGUGGGGAACAAGUGUGACAGACCUGAUAAGAAAAUCAGCACAGAACAAGGAGAAGCAUUGGCAAGGGAGCUGGGGAUCAAAUUUUUUGAAACCAGUGCCAAAACAAAUAUAA